GCCCUCUGCCGCCGCUUUUUUGCCUGCCUUGCACCGCCGCCGCCCCCUCUCCCUCUCUUCUAGAUUUCUCCAGUCGAUCUGCCUGUGUCCGUCUUUACCCACGCUUCUAGAUCAACAGCUUCUGGUAUCUUUCGGCGAGAACCUCCCUACCGCUAGGCCAUCUGAAGAUUCUGAUAAUUGGAGGCUUACAAUAUUUUUUGCGCAGGUGACAUUAUGAGUCGUAGGUAUUUGAAUCUGAUAGUGCACGACUUCAGUAGUCGCAUCUAUUCGCUGUGCCGCAUCGAUGUCCGCAAGCACCUCUUCUACGAAGACUCUGAAAUGGCACAACGAGCAGCACACCCCGCAGGAGAGAAGUUGAAGAACAUUCGUGGAGUGUUGGCAGCGAUGGGCGGCUGGAAAAGAUUACCUCCGCCGGCAAUAAAUUUCCAGGCAUCGCCCAGUAUCGUAAACAAGACUUCGGUGCAUUUGUUCGCUUUACUGGGAGGGGAGAGCAACAUCCUUUACUCUGACAAUAAUUGUCAGACCACACUCUGCAACAUUGACUUGAAAAUCGUCGAUCCCUUCGCUCCUCCCAAUUCAUGCAAGAGUGCAAAUGCCAUCAGUCUCCCCAUAACCCAGGCCCAUCUUGAACCUCCCUCAUUGUACGUCUUGGAUCUCCCCUCCACUCCCAGAACCGCUUGCUCCUUUGAGGUCCUCUCGCUCCGCGAGAACAAACCGGCUCUUCCUAGGGAAUGGAGCUGGGAAAUUCUGCCGCUGCCACCAUUUUUCUGCAAUCGAAAAAUAGCCCCCGACUUGUAUUCUUAUGCUGUGGUUAAUGGUUCUACCAUAUGCAUUUCAUCUCUGAAUCAGACUAUAGGCACCUACACCUUUGACACAGUGAGCAAGGAAUGGAGCCAAGCUGCGCGCUGGGCACUGCCCUUCUUUGGCAAAGCUGAGUUUGUCCCUGAGCUCAACCUCUGGUUUGGCCUCUCAGCCUGCAACCCCUUCUCCAGCUUAUGUGCUGUCGAUCUCUCUGGAGUAGACUCUGGGCAGUCAGCAAAGUUGCAGCAUACAUGGGAUUAUCUUGAUCUGCCUGAGGACGAGCCGUGGUUGCCAUCCCAGCUGCACCUGUUCAACCUUGGCUUAGGCAAGUUUUGUGUUGCCACCUUCUUCGGGACCGAGUUGCGCACCUGUGAUAUGUCACCCUAUUCUACAGAUUCAGAUUAUGAGGACACAUAUGGAAGGGAGUUUGCUGUCUUCACCGGCCUGGAGGUGAAGCGCAGAAACGAUGGUGAGGGUCCUCUCCAGUUGAUCAGGCACAUGUCCAAACGUUUCAGCAUUGGAAGCCGUAACAUCGAGUGUGUGCUCUAAAGAAUAUUUUGUUUGUCGCCUGGCUGGUGAUCCUUGCACAGCCGCAGCAGCUCGAGGUUAAUUACAACUAGUUAUACUGUGAGCAAAGUUCAAAAAAGCGCUGGGCGCUAAUUAUGCGUUUGGGCACCUACUUGCGCUUUUCUAGCUUAGGCGUGAUUAGGCGAAAUUAGGCGCAAUUAGGCGUUAGUACUGUAACAUGAAGAAAUAAGCUAGAUGGGCUGGGCUAGCCCACUAAACCAUAGGCCCAUCUUCAUAUCCUCCUACUAAAAGCUCUCGUCUGCUGCAGUCGAUAGGAAAUUUAGGUUUCCUCCUCACGCCGCCUCCCCCCCUCGUCCUUUCUGUCUCGUUGCACGAGGCUGCCUCCCUCCCUCUUCCUCUGUCCCUUGUCGGAGAAGCUCGAUCCCUCGCCGGAGAAGCUCAAUCCCUCCCCGGAGAAGCUCGAUUUGUCGUCGGGGCAGUUGAAUCCCUCGUCGGCGAGGAUGAAUCCUCGCAGGGGAGGUCGAAUCCUCGCCGGGGAGACUGAUUUCUCACCUCAGAAAGCUGAUUCCUCGCCGGAGAGGCUGAUUUCUCGCCGGAGGACCUCGCCGGCCGCUUUUUUGAGCGCCUAGGGCCAAAGCGAGGCGCUAUGCCAACGCCCAGCGCUUAAGCGCGCCUAGGCGAGCGCCUAAUAGCGCCUUCUUGAACAGUGA